AGAAGCUGAAACCAAGUCAAAUUCGUGAGAACAACAACAGAUCGGACCGGAUCGAGAUCGUACCGCAAGAAGAAAUCGAACUCGAAUCCACAAGCAAACGAAGCUGAGACGCAUCGAAAAGAGGGAAUCGGAGCUGAAACGCGCGCAUAAAGGAAGAACAAGAGCAAAUCGGCGCCGGUCUCAAGGUAAAAAGAGGUGCCCAUUUCCUAACACUUAACAUGUCCCAGAAAAUCUCCAUUCGCUCAAGGUAACCCCACCGUAAGAAACUUAAAUCAGUUCCAAUAACCCCACAAAAUCAUCAAUUCAAGAAACAGAAAAUGUGGAAAUGCGCAACCUCUUCUUUCAAAUCAUUACUUUCUCUUCACAUCACACAGGAAAAGGACGUGGUUUCUCCCAAACAUAUGGAUUCGGUUAUAACUUUUGUUUUAGGGGGGCCUGGUAGUGGAAAAGGUACACAAUGUGCAAGAAUUGUUGAAACAUUUGGAUUUAAGCAUCUGAGUGCUGGAGAUCUUUUGAGGAAGGCAAUGGUUUCUGACAGUGAAUAUGGCGCGAUGAUUCUGGAAACAAUAAGAGAAGGAAGAAUCGUUCCAUCAGCGGUGACUGUCAGAUUGAUUCUAAGAGAGAUGCAGUAUGGUGACAAUCGUAAGUUUCUUAUUGAUGGUUUCCCUAGAAGUGAGGAGAACCGCAUAGCUUUUGAACAUAUUACUGGAACAGAACCAGAUUUUGUUCUUUACUUUGAUUGCCCUGAAGAAGAGAUGGUGAAACGGGUGCUGAGCCGUAAUCAGGGUCGAAUUGAUGACAAUAUAGAUACAAUCAAGAAACGUCUUAAAGUAUUUGAGGCAUUAAAUCUUCCUGUGAUCGAUCAUUAUGCAAGAAGAGGGAGACUUCAUAGGAUCAAUGCUGUGGGAACAGAGGAUGAAAUAUUUGAGCAAGUUCGGCCAGUUUUUGCGGCAUGUGAGCAAACGGCUGCAUGAAAGCUGUGUGAAUAGGCUGUUUGCGAGAGCAUUGUAAAUUUGGGUGAAAUUUGGAUUUUGUGGGAACUCUAUAUUUCCUAGUUAACUUCUAGUUAGCUACAAGAUCCAAAUUCCUGGCUGAUUUGCUCUGGAAAUUACCGUAAAACUCAUCCACUGGAGAAUUUUAAAGUGACUGGUUGUAACGGUUCGAGUUUUAUAAUGCUGUUGAAUCGUAUCCCUUGACAGGAAUAACAGUAGAUGAAUGUAAAUGUUUGAUACACAAGCUAACAUUGUUGAGUUAAUACCAACAAUAUGUUGGUUCUAGUGAAAGGAUUUGGAUUCUUUUGAAUUUGUAAUUUUGAAUUCGAUUUACAUUUGCGUAUAAAAAAAUAUAUAUGGAGGAAUUUUGCCUUUAGUA